AUGGACUCGGCCAUUCGCGAUGCCUCUUCAGGCGACAAGAAGCUACCUGAUGAAAAGACGCCCACGUAUCAGAGCGAUGUGGGCGACAUUGAAGCGGUUCCCGCCGACAUUGACCACUUCGCCGAAGUCAGAGACGUCCGACAAGGCCUCAAACAGAGGCACAUUCAAAUGAUCUCCCUAGCUGGAGCUAUUGGCACUGGCUUGUUUCUCGGCUCGGGAAGCGCUCUCGCGAAAGGCGGUCCGCUCGGUGCGUUUCUUGGGUACACGUUUACCGGUAUUCUAGCCUCGAGCGUUGCUCUUGCGGUGGGCGAGCUCGGCGCCUUAGUCCCGCUCAAUGGUGGUAUCGUCAGGUACUCGGAGGUCUUUGUAGACCCUGCGCUUUCCUUUGCGGUGGGAUGGAACUUGGUGUACUUUUACUUGACCUCGUGCCCGAAUGAGAUUGUUGCAGCAGCCGUCUUGAUCGAGUAUUGGGUUUCGGUCAACAAUGCGAUUUGGGUGACGAUUUUCAACAUUCUGGUCAUCAUCUCUUGCUCACUGUUUGUGAGAAUCUAUGGAGAGCUCGAGUUUGGCUUUUCAAUGCUCAAAAUCAUGCUCAUUGUCUUUGUCAACAUUCUAGCCCUUGUCGUCACCUGCGGCGGCGGGCCGAGUGGAGAGGCGAUUGGCUUCCGGUACUGGCACACUCCGGGUCUGUUUGUUCAAUACUUGGACGUUCCUGGCGCGACGGGACGCUUUAUGGGGUUUUGGUCUACAUUCAGUAGUGCCAUUUACUCCUACUCUGGAAUCGAGACAAUCAGUAUCUCGGCUGCCGAAGUCCAGUGCCCCCGACGAGCGAUCCCUCAAGCUGCCAAGCGGAUCUUUUGGCGUAUUUUGCUCUUCUACGUCAUCUCCAUUUUCAUGAUUACAUUGGUGGUCGCAUCCAAUGACCCAUCGCUCCUCAGCGCAUCGUCGACAGCAGCGUCGCCUUUUGUUAUCGCGGCGACUAACAGUGGUAUCAAAUACGUGCCCUCCAUCAUCAACGCAGUCGUGAUUACUUCAGCAUGGUCUGCAGCCAACUCGGGCAUGCUGUCGGGAUCUCGCAGUCUAUUUGGUCUGGCCAAAGAGGGACGAGCACCUAGAAUUUUUACCCGACUGAACCGGUUUGGCAUACCCUAUGUUUCCGUUGGCCUCUUUUCUUUGUUUCUUUGUCUCGCGUACAUGACACUGUCUGCCUCGGCAUCCCUGGUCUUUGAGUGGCUAGUCAACCUGGUGUCAGUCGCCGCCCUCGUCAACUGGUCUAUUAUCCUCAUCACAUAUCUGCGCUUCCAGUAUGGCUGCAAGGUGCAGGGCAUCGACCGUCAGGAGCUGCCCUGGGCUGCUCCCUUGCAGCCGUACCUGUCAUGGGUCUCACUGUUUGCAUUUUUCCUGCUUCUCCUGACGUCUGGUUACACCGCUUUCAUCAAGGGACACUGGGAUACGGAGGUCUUUGUGUCGUCGUACAUUAACAUCCCGAUUAUUUUUGCCCUCUAUUUUGGGUACAAAAUUGUGAAGAAGACCAAGGUGAUUCCUUUGAAAGAGAUUGAUAUCCGCACCUUUAUCCAGAUUGCGAAUGAUAACCCGGAGCCUCCAGCGGCUCCGAAGCGAGGAUUGAAGAAAUUCAACAUUCUCUGGUGA